GGCCGGGCCGAGGCGGCCAGGUUAGUGCAGAGGGUGGGUGAGCGUCCCGGCACUGGCAGGAACAGAGGCGGAUGCUGGUUCAGGAGCGUGGGCGCGGCGCCGUUGUCAUCUGCGGCUGCCCAGGCCAGGUGGUAGCCGCGGCCUAAGGGGCUGUUUCCGUGCGAGGCGGGAAAGAGGGUGCGGACCUUGGUCCCCGCAGGACACAAGAUGGCAGCUGGGACAAAUGGGCUCCAGGAGUGGGUGGGCAGUGCAUACCUGUUUGUGGAGUCCUCGCUGGACAAGGUGGUCCUAUCAGAUGUCUACAGUCACCCCCAGCAGAAGGUGGCAGUGUACAGGGCUCUGCGGACUGGAUUGGCAGAGAGCGGGAGCCCAGAGGUGUUGCAGAUGCUCAAGAUCCACCGCAGCGACCAGCAGCUGAUAGUGCAGCUGCGAUUCUGCGGACGCCAGCCCUGCGCCCGCUUCCUCCAAGCCUACCGCGAGGGGGCGCUGCGCACCACGCUGGAGGGCUGCUUGGCUGGGGCGCUGACCCUGCGCUCCUUGCCUUUGCAACUGGAGCUACGUGCCGGCGGAGAGCUGCUGGACGCCUUGAUGACAGAUGAGGAGCGUUGUUUGAGUUGCAUCUUUGCCCAGAAGCCUGACAGGCUCCGGGAUGAGGAACUUGCUGAGUUGGAGGAUGCGCUCCAGAAUCUGACAUGCGGCUCUGGAGGCCAAAGUAGCAACGUGGAGGUAGCUCCAGUCCCUUUGCAGUCCCUGGCUUCCUCUCCAUCGGUGGAGAAGCCGUCACCACCGCCAUCUGGCCAGACUUUUCUGUUCCAGGGUCAGCCCAUAGUGAACCGACCAUUAAGCCUGCAGGACCAACAGACUUUUGCACGUUCAGUGGGCCUCAAAUGGCGCAAGGUUGGGCGCUCCCUGCAGCGAAGCUGUCGCGCACUACGGGACCCUGUCCUCGACUCCCUGGCCUAUGAAUAUGAGCGCGAGGGGCUGUAUGAGCAGGCCUUCCAGCUGCUCCGACGUUUCAUUCAGGCCGAGGGCCGCCGAGCCACACUGCAGCGCCUGGUGGAGGCGCUGGAGGAGAACGAGCUCACCAGCCUGGCAGAGGACUUGCUUGGCCUGACCAAUCCAGAUGGCAGCCUGGCCUAGGCUGGGUACCAGACAAAAGGGUGGUCAGCUGGUUGCCCAGCCAGAGUUUGGAGCACCUCGAUGACCCUAAGAUCCCUUCUGCUGCUAUUGCUGACCUGUCCAUCCACAGGACUUACAACCCUACUUAGUCGAGCUGCUGGGCAGAGUUGACUGUUUUCUCAAGGAGUCAGACAAGCACCCACCAUGCCUGCUGAAGUGCCACUGGGGGUCCUGCCCCAGAAACUACCAUAGAGACAGAACACGGGUGACCUGCAGAGGUCGGCCUCACCUCACCCACCCCAGAAGAGGGGCUUCCAGCCAGCCCUUACCUCUUCUCCCAUUGAACACUCAGCAGGCACCUCCUGUAUUUUAGGCUUCAUCCUGGGUACUGCAAAUACUGUGAUGAGCAAGAUAAACAAAUCCUGCCUGCCCCCAGUUCACACUCAAUGUGGGACUCUGAAUAUUAAGCAACAGCAAUAAAACAUUACCUCUUUA